UGUCUUAUUGUGCUGAACACAGGAACAGACCUAUGGACUUUUCCUCAGACUCCAAAGUGGCAGCAUGAUUGCUUAAUGUUAGACUCUCUACAGCAAAGAAAGAACUUAAUAUACUCGUUGCCAACCAGUGGUGGAAAAACAUUGGUAGCUGAAAUAAUGAUUCUCCAAGAACUACUCUGCAGGCAGAAGGAUGUUCUGAUGAUCCUGCCAUAUGUUGCCAUUGUCCAAGAAAAGAUUAGGGGUUUAUCGAGUUUUGGGGUAGAACUGGGUUUCCUGGUUGAAGAAUACGCAGGAAGUAAAGGAAGAUUUCCACCAAUCAAAAGGAGAGUAAAAAAAUCUCUUUAUAUUGCUACCAUAGAGAAAGGACAUGCUCUGGUGAAUUCCUUAAUUGAAACAGAUAGGAUCAGUGACCUUGGUCUGGUUGUCGUAGAUGAGCUGCAUAUGCUUGGUGAGGGAAGUCGUGGAGCGAUACUGGAAAUUACUCUUGCGAAAAUCCUUUACACCAGUAAAAACACACAAAUCAUUGGAAUGAGUGCAACGUUGAAUAAUGUUGGAGACCUGCAGAAGUUCCUGCGAGCAGAAUACUACACCAAUAAUUUUAGACCGGUAGAAUUAAAGGAGUAUGUGAAGAUACGAGACACCAUUUAUGCAGUUGACAGCAAAACAGAAAAUGGCUUUACGUUUUCACGUCUCCUUAAUUUCAAGUAUUCUAGUUGUCUGGAGAAAGCGGAUCCUGACCACAUCAUUGCACUGGUGACUGAAGUUAUUCCUAAUUAUUCCUGCCUAGUCUUUUGUCCCACCAAAAAGAAUUGUGAAAAUGUGGCUUCAAUGGUGUGCAAGUACCUCAAGAAAGAAUUUAGAGCUCACAGGGAGAAAGAAAAACAAGAUCUCGUCGAGAACCUAAAGAGUAUUGGAAAUGGAAGUGUCUGUCCUGUUCUGAAGCAAACAAUCCCUUUUGGUAUUGCCUAUCACCAUAGUGGCCUUACAAAUGAUGAAAGAAAAAGCAUAGAGGAAGCAUAUUCUUCAGGUGUCCUGUGUCUGCUUGCUUGCACAGCUACUCUGGCUGCUGGAGUCAACUUGCCAGCUAGAAGGGUUAUUCUCAGAGCUCCUUAUGUUGCUAAUGACUUCCUGAAGAAGAACCAGUAUAAACAAAUGAUUGGCAGAGCUGGUCGAGCUGGUAUUGACGAUGCUGGAGAAAGUAUUCUCAUAGUGCAAGAAAAAGACAAACACUUGGUUCGGGAUUUAGUUAAUAGUCCUUUGGAGAAUUGUUACAGCAAUCUUCUGCUGGAGUUGACCAAGGGAAUGCAGAGCCUGUUGUUGUCUUUGGUUGGACUGAAGAUAGCAGUUACCUGUGAGGAGGUCAACAAUUUUAUGUGCGGUACAUUGCUGGGUGUUCAGCAGCAGCUGCUGUCUAAAGAGAAGAGCCUCUCAGAGGUAAUUAAAGAUGGACUAGAAAAUCUAAUAGAAAAAGGACUCCUAAAAGGAAGAAUAUCUGAGAAGGACCACAAUUCCAAAUGUACACUAACAAUCACACCGUUGGGAAAAGCUACGUAUAAAGGAUCUAUAGACGUGGCAUACUGCAAUCUUCUGUACAGGGACUUGAAGAAAGGUUUGGAGGGGCUAAUUCUUGAGAGCAAUCUUCAUCUCCUAUAUCUGGCAACUCCUUAUGAUGUGACUUCUAGCUGUAGCCCAGAUUGGAUGAUAUACUUGAGACAGUUCAACCAGCUAAGUGCAGCAGAGCAAAAAGUAGCAGAUAUUGUGGGAGUGCCUGAAAGCUUUAUUACAAAAAAGGCUUCUGGUCAAGCCAUCAGAAAGAAUGUGGACAGUGCUGUGGUAAACAGGCUCUACCUGACGUUUGUCCUUUAUACCCUGGUGAAAGAGACCAAUAUAUGGAACGUUUCAGAGAAAUUUAAUAUGUCCCGAGGAUAUGUGCAAAAUCUCCUUAAUUCUGCUGCCUCGUUCGCCUCCUGUCUUCUACACUUCUGUGAGGAAUUGGAAGAAUUCUGGGUUUAUAAAGCCUUGCUGACAGAACUUACCAAGCAGCUGACAUACUGUGUAAAGACAGAACUCAUCCCUCUGAUGGAGGUAGCAGGGGUUCUAGAGGCAAGAGCAAAACAGCUUUAUAAUGCAGGAUACAAAACUUUAGCACACUUGGCUAAUGCAAAUCCAGAAACUCUGAUAAAGAUGAUUGAGCACUUGUCACGACGUCAAGCCAAACAAAUUGUUUCAUCUGCAAAGAUGCUGCUGAGUGAAAAAGCUGAGGCUUUACAAGAAGAAGUUGAAGAACUCCUAAAGGUGCCUACAGAUAUCCCAGGGACCCACUGACCAACUGUCAUGGAGAAAAAUCAUGUCCAAAAUUUGGAUAUUUUAAAUUUUUUAACUUUCCCGUGUAACGCUGCUGCAAUGUAAUAAAUAUUUAAUGUCUUUUGUAUA